AUCGGAAGUAACAUGUGUAUGUAAAAAUCAAGAUAAGUAUUAUGUAACUUAUAUAGGAUAGCACACGAAAUGUUUGCAUCUAAAUCCCAAAUAAAAAUGGAUCAAUUCAAAUACGACGUUGUUUCAUUAAUUAUGAUGGUAUUAUGCCAUGUAUGUCAUUGUCUUGGAGGAAAGGGACAGAACGAUAGUUUUAACAACAUUUUUAAUCAUCCAAACGUUACACUAUUUAACAUAAAUGCUACAGUUGAAGAAAACUCUACAAAUAUAGUGCAAACAAGGUUUAAUCAUUCCGUGGUAGACACAUUAUACUAUAGCAACUUCAGUGGAUAUAAUAUUUCGGGAAAAGAAAAAACAAAGGACAGUGGAUUAAACUAUUCCGAUGACACUCCACUACCUGCGACGAUAUUAAUAGCAAGUCCGGCAGUUGCUGUCGGCAUUUUUCUUUUUAUAUGUCUUGCUUAUAAAUGGCAUACCAUCCAACUCGACUCUCAAGCAAAGGAAUUGGCUGCCCAAGUCAGCUAUGGGCAUUGCCCGAGUGCUUGUAUUCCAUGUUCACCAUGUCACAAUUCUCAGAGACUACUUCCGCCCAGUGAUUCAAUAACCAUGAACUCACCAUGUCUUUCUGAAAAUGAAUUGCAUGGAGCAAGACGGAAAAGUUUAAGGACUCCUUCACCAGUUUUGCUAUCGCCUCCUAAUUUAGCCAAUCAUAGAGGAUCCAGCUGGAGUGCCCUUUCUGAUCAAGAAGUAAUAAGUCAUUCUCCACGACGACAUUCUACGUUUCUAUUAUGAUAAUUGAUAGUCAAUUUGAUAGUAUCUAUAACUUUAACCAUGUUAACUAUAAACAAAAUUGUGACUGAGUAAUUACAUUGUAAUGUAUUCAUUGUUGCUUUCAUACAAGUACGUAUUUUUAUUUAAAUUGCAUUACUGUCAUUUAUGUUGUAAGAAAAACAGCAAACUGUUACUUAUUCAGUUUGUAUACAAUGCUAUAUAACCCAAUAUAGCCAUUUUAACGUU